CCCCGGUGGCCGCGCCAGUGCUCGCAGUGCGCACGCGCGGGGCUCUCCUUGUCAGUCGGCGCCGCGUGCGGGCUGGUAGCUCUGUGGCGGUGGCAGCGGCGGCUAGUCUUCCGCACCAUGAGCAGCUUCAGCAGCGAGGAGCGCGCCGCGCCCUUCACCCUCGACUACCGGGUCUUCCUCAAAAAUGAAAAAGGACAAUAUAUAUCUCCAUUUCAUGACAUUCCGAUUUAUGCAGAUAAGGAUGUGUUCCACAUGGUAGUUGAAGUACCACGCUGGUCUAAUGCGAAAAUGGAGAUUGCUACAAAGGACCCUUUAAACCCAAUUAAACAAGAUGUGAAAAAAGGAAAACUUCGUUAUGUUGCGAAUUUGUUCCCUUAUAAAGGGUAUAUCUGGAACUAUGGGGCCAUCCCUCAGACUUGGGAAGACCCGGGACAUAAUGAUGAACAUACUGGCUGUUGUGGUGACAAUGACCCAAUUGAUGUGUGUGAAAUUGGAAGCAAGGUAUGUGCAAGAGGUGAAAUAAUCGGGGUGAAAGUUCUGGGCAUAUUGGCUAUGAUUGAUGAAGGGGAAACUGACUGGAAAGUCAUUGCCAUUAAUGUGGAUGAUCCAGAUGCAGCCAAUUAUAAUGAUAUUCAUGAUGUCAAACGGCUGAAACCUGGCUACCUAGAAGCUACUGUGGACUGGUUUAGAAGAUACAAAGUUCCUGAUGGAAAACCAGAAAAUGAAUUUGCUUUCAAUGCAGAAUUUAAAGAUAAGGACUUCGCAAUGGAUAUUAUUAAAAGCACUCACGACCAUUGGAAAGCAUUAGUGACUAAGAAAACAGAUGGAAAAGGAAUCAGUUGCAUGAAUACAACAGUGUCCGAGAGCCCCUUCAAGUGUGAUCCCGAUGCUGCCAAAGCUAUUGUGGAUGCUCUGCCACCACCAUGUGAAUCUGCCUGCACAGUACCAACAGAUGUGGACAAGUGGUUCCAUCACCAGAAAAACUAAUGAGAUUUCUUUGGAAUACAAGGUGAUAUUGCUGCAUCCUAUUCAUCUGGAAGUAUUAGAUGUAAAAGUAGUAGCUUUUCAAAGCUUUAAAUAUAUAGAACUCAUCUAACGAAAGCAAAUUCUGCUUUGACCAACCCAAUAUAUUCAGAAUGUUAUCAGUCUAAAGCAUUUUUCAUAUCUCAAUUAAGAUAACUUAAGCACAUGCUUAAAUAUGAAACAGUUGUAAUUUGGGAGUCAUUUGUGAAUAGAUGUGCAAGAAGAGCACAUAUUGGAUGUAUAUGUUUACUGUGUUAGGAAAUAAAAUUAUUUUACUGAAA